AUGAGACCAACCUACUCGGGUUUGCCACACUUGGAAUGCACAUUGGAGUGCUCGAUCUUUGUGUUCGAAAAGCGGACGGCCGAAAAGCUGCACAAACCAAAGCGGAAGGAGACGGUUACGGAAAUUUUGCGAGCAUCGGUAAAGCAGCUGGAACGAUUUCGGCACCCCAAGAUACUGCAGAUCAUGCACACGGUCGAGGAAAGCUCGGAAACGCUCUCAUUCGCUACCGAGCCCGUCAUCGCCAGCUUGGCCAACAUCCUGGCCUAUCAG